AUGGACGGUGUUCGUGAUACUUUCGUCAAUGAGCGAUACGUCGCUCGUCAUCGUCUCCCCCACCAGCGCUUCAACCGAUACUGGCUGUGAGUGCAGGCUGGCACUCCCUCCCCACUCGCGCUCCGUCAAUUCACGUGGCGCGAGUGAGAUUCACGCUCUAACCCCUCAACAAGUGCUCCUCUCGUCUUGAACAGAAAUGCAGGUUACUCAGACGUCCAAGCCACCGUUCGCAUCGACUCGCUGCCGAUCGAGAUCGAGGAGACUCGGGUACUCAAGAAUCCCGAGUGGACGCUCGAGGGCAGGGCCAAGGUCGAGAUGGGGUCGACGUUGAGCAUCAUUUUGAGGGAUGACAGGUGUACGCAUUGGGUGAGUGGAGACGACUUAUCAUCGUACUAAGGAAAAAGCUGAGGAGAAGUGACAUUGACGUGGAUGUAUGCGUCGCUUAUUGAACUGAUAGGCGGGGAUUUACGUCGCCAUGUGGAUCAACGGGAACAUGUGAGUUCGUCAACGACCCCACAGAACGCCAAACAACUCAUACAUCUAAAUCAAACAGGGUCUACUCCGAAGCCCUCAAUCGCAACCACCCUCGACUCAACGGCUACGUCUGGUCCGAUGACCGAGCUUUCGUCUUCACAGGAGACAAGGUCAGAACCUCCUUCUUCCUUCCCAACCGGGACUCCACAGCAAAAACCUUAAUGUUUACAGUACGAUGGGUCGAGAUUAUAGCCCUUCAUUUUCACCGAAGAACACGAAGUGAUUUCGGUCAGAGUCGGUAUCUACAGCAUCAAGGGCGGAGACAACGGGAUCGAGUAAGUUUUCUCGCUUCAAAACAGUGGAGGAGUGACUACUCAUCAACUCGCCCCUCUGACACCUGAAUCCUAGUUUUAUCCCCAUGGCAUGGACCUACUUGUACCCCGAUCGACCCCCUCUCUUCUCCUUUCUCUUCGAGCUAGAAUGUGUUCGUACGUCCUGAUCCCUGUCAUCUUCUUCACUCCUUUCUUCCAUCCCCCACUGACGAAUCUCCUUCUCCCGUACAGCUCCGACAGAGAAAAUACCACCUCCCUCCAACAACCGACCACCUCGUCAAGUGUCCACCACGACGACGUCGCAACGCAAGAAGCCCAAGAAGCGCAAGGACUCUGGAUUUGGUCCAGGGGCCGAUGACGAGGACGAUUAUGAGGAGAACAGUGAGGUCUAUGAUGAAGUCGAGGCGUAUCUUCGACAACUUGAUAGUGGAAGUGACGAAGAAUAA